AUGGCUACUUCACCAGACUCGCUAUUAUCUGCAGCACUGCAGUCCAUCACCAAGACUAAAAUCUCCCAGCUCACCAGAGUGCAACAAGCCCACGAUGCGUGGCUUCGAGAGACAAUGGCCGCGAUCGAAGCGUUCGAUGAUAACAACCAGGCAGACAGGUUAGAUGCCGUCGAAAUGGGGCUCAAUUCAUCCCAUCCAUCCUUCAGCAAAGGACAGCUUAGCAAAGCGUAUCUCAGCUCAUGGGCGAAGCAGUCGCGCUUCGACGCCAGCUUGAGUCCUUCAGUUUUGCGAGCUCGCGUCAACCUCUUCAAGCGAAUGGAAGCGCAGCAGAAGGAGCGUUUUCGAUUUGCUCGGCUCUACUGCGAUUUGCUUACUGACUGGAUCUCCCAAAGCCAGGUCCAGACGUUGCCUGACCCCAUCACUGUAAAGGCUGCGGACCUUCUGGAGACGGACGAUUUUGAAAUCCUACAAAAGGAUAGACUGCAGCGGUUGCGCGAGCAGUUUGCAGAUGUCGUCUUCUCGGAGCCAACGGGUAAUGGAAGCCACGAGGACAUACUGAGUUAUGUGCGCACCCUGUUUCCAAGCAAAGAGGCCAAGUCGCAGUGGGACUGGGCGCGCGGACACUUGUAUGCCUUUGGAAAUAAGCAGUUCGCAACGGGUAGCCCAUUCACAUUAACGAAACUCAAGGCUCUCAUGCAGGGUGUACUAAGCGAUAUACUGUUGUCUGAUGACAAAAAGGCUGUCCUCCGGGGCUUCAUGAAAGAUGAAGACGUCCUUACUGAGAUUGCUGAUGUGCUCAAUAUGCGCUGGGCCGACAUGGAAAAUUGGUCGUGGGAGGCUGGUCCCGAGGGUUUGCCUGUUGAGCCCCGGCAACAGCUCAACGGAAAGUAUGAAGAUUUCUCCUGUCCAAUUCAAUCCGCAGCUAACAAAAAGCAGGUAUAG